AUGUGCGAUGAAGACGUGAUAUCGAUGAGCCCACCUCCAUCCCUGUCACCUCAGCAGCUCAAUAAUUCGUGCUAUGGAUUGAGAAAUAGAGAGCAGUAUCAUACCGAGCAGCACCCGCCGCCACUGAUUCACCCUCAUCUAGGUGUUGAGCAUGGACCUGUUCGUGAGGAUGACAAAAACCUCGUUUAUCAAAUUAUGUACUCGAAUUCGCAACAUUCGGAUGCGAGCUUCCACCGACCAGUCACUCCGCUUCAAAUCACAAUCCCUGAAGGAGAUGCAUCACCAACAGUUCCUGUUUCUUGCGGAAACGUCAAUGGAAAAAUGCACUUGAAUAUGUUCAUGUGUCCAGGGAUCCACCAGCCGUGUAUUGAAGUCGGAAAUGACCUCCUGUCUCCUAAACAGUUUACUGUUCGUGGAGAUAAAGAACGCCAAAAAGAUUGGAAAGCGAGCAUUCGCAUUGGAAGAUCUUCUUUAAGAACUCACAUGGAAGCAUUAACCAUCGAUUUUUAUGAUCAUCCGAACAGAUGCAGCGGAAAGUGUCAAAGUCGAAACUACGUGAAUGCUCCAUCAGAUGAAGCUGCGCAAGCUCGUAAAAUUAAGCGUGCGACGGACCCUACGAUUCUCAAAACCGAAAUCGAAAACGAGAUUGCUGGGAAGGAGAGCGAAAAUAAUGAUAAGAAGCAAAAUGUGAAGAAAGCUCGUGGGCGUCCGCGUGGAAGUGUGAACAAACCUAGACAGUUCGUCAAAGUAGAGCCGCAAGAUGAUAGCUUCUUUGAAGAGUUCUUCACUGAUGCACCGCCUUCACCACCGGAAUCCGAGCCUCCUGUCCAUCAUCAUGAGCAACCACAAGCACCAUCAAUUAGAGUUCAGAGCGAGUGCUCACCAUACGGAGAUAUCCUCAACUGUCUUCAGAAUGACCCAAUGAAUUUCUGGUCUCAAAUGCAAGGAUCUGGAGUCAUCAGUCAUUUCUGCGAUGAUAUCAUUCUCAGUGCCAUCAACCUGAAACAAAGUGCUAUCGAUCAAGUUGUCAACCAGAAUACAGCUAACAUGUUGACUCGUACAGUUUUUGCUCUUGGAAUUUCACCCGUCAUUGUUCAUCGCGUACAAGCAAUUGAGAGAAACGUGCAUCAACAACGGAAACAUGAAGAAAUGUACAUGGACAUUCAAGCCAAAGUCGCAGAAGAGCAGCGUCUCAAACAACAAAAUGAGCAGAGCGCUUCAACUGGAAGUCACGACAAUCUACAAACUGCUCUCGAGAUUCCAAACGAAGACGAGGAAGAGUUUAUCGACGUUGGAAAGUACGAACCGUACAAUGAAGCUGGCGAUUCAUCAUACCAUAUGGUUCCAGGUCCAAGUCAUAUCCUGUAA